AUUGCGACACACUAUUACGCACAAAGAAGAAGAAAACAGGAACUCUUUAAAACUGGAGAGGGGUAAAAGUCGUUCUGUUUGUUUUUAGUUGUUUUUGUGAUUCCAAAACAAGAAGUACGUCUUAAUAAUAGCCCUCCAGGGUCAGUAAUAUCAGCUAUACCAAGCGACAACGUUGUCAGCACCGCUGCAGCUGUCAAAACAAAGAGAAGAUGCCAUCAUCGGACCAGGAGUCAUAUGGCGUCAACAAAGUUGUGGACAACAUCUGUAGGCUUUCUCCAGAUCUGUUAGCUGAAACGUGUCAGCACAUCCUGAUUUACCUUCAAGGGCAGACUAGAGGAGUAGACUCAGCAGAAAUUUCUGAUAGAUUUCAGAACGCUGGAGUCAGGCUGGAUCAUGAAGCCCUAAAGGACAUCAUCAGAUUUCUCAUGUUAACGUUCAGGUCAGGUGGGAAGAACAACAUCUCUGGGGAUGAACUUGUCUCUAAACUGGAAGAAGGAAGUAACAGGUGGUCUAAAGCUUCCCUUCAGGUGUUGCACAGGUUGUGGAGUGAAAAUGGUGCGUUAGUCCAUUCUCAGCAGGAGGUGCAGGACAUGCUUAGCAUUGGCCAGUUAGUGGACAUGCAGUGGAGGCUGGGCAUGGCAGUAACCUCGGACACCUGUCGAUCUCUCAACUCUCCAUACGUGUGUCUGCUGCUAAAGAUCGCCGAGCCCUCUGGGCAGAUUUAUCAGAGGUGUUUUGAGAUGACCAUUCCACAGUUCCAGAACUUCCACAAGCAGUUCAAGGAGAUGGCAGCUGUUAUGGAGACCGUAUAACGGUCAGCACAGCUACGCCUCAGUUUAUUUGUGACCAACAGAAGAACAGCUUCACACAGGUCUUUGUCUACAGGCUGUCUCAAAAACGUGGAUGUGAAUUACUGCGAAUGUCAACUCUCAGCUUUGUACUGUUUUUCCACAGAUUGUGCAAGCUCUCGGAUGAUUUACUUUAGGAGUUCCUGCUAUUAAAUUAGCCGAAAAAGACUGUCUUUGAUUUGAAUGCCAAGGUUUUCUCCUGUGAACUAAUCUGGGAGUCAAUAAGCUGUGCAGUGAAUGUUUAAACUGCAAACACUUCGACACAUUGAUUCUAAUGAUAUUCUCAAUUGUGCCACUUUUGUUUCAAAAUGUUUCAUAUAGUGUAACUGAAUCGAUUUAUACUAAACCUUCAUUUGCCCAAGAUUUGUACUAAUACAGAAUAAAAAUGCUUUUUCAUGGUGA